UUAAAUAUUUACUAUAGUGAUGUCAUCUUUGUUUACCAUUACUUCCUUAAUUUUGGUCCAAUCGAUAUUUUCACCAGAGUCCAGUUUUCUGGUCACACAAAAGUGGAUGUAUCGUGUAAUGGACUGCUUAAAUAAAUUUCUGUUCUCUGGAUUUUUUCAAAAACCGUGUAUGGCCAUUUUUUUUUUUGCGAGUUUGAAGAUGGGGGGAACUGUGCUGAUAUAUAAAUAUUUCCCGCGGACCGAAUUGCUGUUGCAAUAGAACCGUGGGCGGAAUCACCUUCAUUUUGCUCAUGAUUUGUUUUGAAAAAAGACAAUACAAUUUCACGUAUGUUUUUUGAAUUUGCGACAGCUUGUAAUAACAU